AAACAAAACAACUACUGAUUACCCCGAGGACCUUUCCGAUGCGUUUCUUCCAUGCCAAAUCCAUUUUUAGAAGAAAAAAAUCGUAUCAUGGAGGAGCCCAUGUAGUAUUAAAGUUCAGGGCUUGAGAUGAUUCGAGACCAACUCGUGUUAUAUUGGGACAAGGUUCUUGCAGGUUACGUAAUGGGCCAAGUGGUGACGAAUGAGACCAUCAACCUCGUUUUGAUAUAGUAUAACCUUGACCUUCCCGUGUAUUUUGUAAUCAUGAUCAUGGCGACUGCUUACUUGUUGAUGACAUUUCUUUCAGUUGCACACUGCAGCAACCACACAACCAUGACCGCAGACAGCGACACGUGUGAAGCCAAGUCAGAAAAGUGCGCCAACAUGACGGAGGUAGUACACAUCGUAUUCAUGAAUGGAGACUUCAGGUCCAUUGUGUCGGAUGAGAAACUGCGGCUAGAUUGCAGUGAAGAGUACAGAGAGGACGUGCAGCUGUGCACCAAGCACGUCAGGUCAGAGUGUGGGGACAAGGCCAACCACCUCCGUCUGUUUGAGUUCGCCUACGACUACAUCUGCAACAGGAAACAUGAUUUCAUUGAGGCUGAGGAAUGCAUACACAGCAAAGACUUCACGAACGUCCUACUCCACUGUGUUAAGGAAUUCAACAAAGGUGAAGCGGGCAUGUGCAGCGACUAUCCAGCCUGCAUAAAACGUAGACUCUCUCGGUCUAAGGACUGUUCAACCGAGGACGCGAGGACCAUUGGAGGAUUGUUGAGAGGUGCAAUGAUAAGAAAACACAUGCACUGCCAGCACCUGCCGGACUGACUGUACAGAUUCUGCUGCAUGUGAUGGAAAUAAAACGUCUCGUUUAUU